AGUAUUACCAUAAUUUGUAUAUUUAUAAUACAAUGGCUGAUUUUCAAGAACAGUUAAAACAAUAUCGCCUUAAAAAGCGAAGGAAAAAAACAAUUGAAAAUUUAAAAGAUAAAUUUUACAGAUUUUUAAUGUUUGGCACUGGUUCCCCUAAAGAAACUACAAUCGAUUUGCAACAGCCUUCAAAAAACCAUCCCGAACUUUUCGAAGAAAACUCGCACGAUGGCUCUUUGUCCUCCAGUGCGAACGAAUUUGUGGAAGAAAGCAGCAUUAUGCCCGAAACCGAAGACCAUUCAGGGGGGAACGUACUCAAGUAUACUCUUUGGACUGUAUAUCUUCUUUUUUGGAUAACUCUCUAUGUAAUAGCCAUUGAACUGAAGUUUGGAUUGGUUUAUCUUAUGUUUUCCGCACUGUUUGGUAUUUAUUUUAAUACGCGAACGGGCCCAAAAAAACAAAACGAAAUUAGCGCAUACAGUGUUUUUAACAAAAAUUUUGAGAGUAUAGACGGUACACUGAAAGCAGAGCAAUUUGAACGUGAAAUUCGAUAUGGCUCGGGAAGUGUAAAAUAAAAUGAUUUAUUUGUAUAUGGAGCUUAAGCUUUUUUAUAUCUAUUAUAGAGUAUUCAAAAUCUUAUAAAAUUUAAAGUUAACGUACCACAUUUUUCUGAAUCUUUCAAAUUCAUUCAUGUACAUACACUGCCGAUCAAUAGAAUAGACUCAAUGCA